CCCGGGGCAUGAGCCGGACGCGGCGUCGGUUGCUGGACUAAGGCGUCGACAUGAACCUGCACCAGGUGCUGACCGGGGCUGUGAACCCCGGCGACCACUGCUUCUCCGUGGGCAGCGUCGGCGACCAGCGCUUCACGGCUUAUGCAUCUGGAUGUGACAUUGUUAUACUGGGAAGUGAUUUUGAAAGAUUGCAAAUAAUCCCAGGAGCUAAACAUGGAAAUAUUCAAGUAGGAUGUGUAGAUUGUUCAAUGCAACAAGGCAAGAUUGCUGCAUCCUAUGGAAAUGUUAUCUCUAUUUUUGAACCAGUUAACCUACCGAAGCAAAAGAAAAAUUUGGAAUUAUAUAGUCAGUGGCAGAAAAGUGGCCAAUUUUUUCUGGACUCAAUAGCACACAAUAUAACUUGGGAUCCUGCAGGCAAUCGUCUCUUAACUGGUUCUAGCUGUUUGCAACUCUGGUCCAAUGCUAACUUGGAGAAGCCAGCUGAAGAUGAAAAUCCAGAUAAAACAGAUCUUAACUUUGGGGAUUGGAGAUGCAUUUGGCAUUGCAAAACUGCUUCCCAAGUUCAUUUAAUGAAAUUUUCACCAGAUGGAGAAUUUUUUGCCACUGCUGGGAAGGAUGACUGUCUUUUAAAGAUAUGGUAUAACGUAGAAAACUGGCGGACAGCUGUUACUUCUCCAGAUAAAAAUUCAGAACAAUCCGAAGGAGAAAUUGACUUUUCUUUUGUAUAUCUGGCCCAUCCUCGAGCUGUAAAUGGAUUUUCCUGGCGUAAAACAAGUAAAUACAUGCCUAGGGCUUCUGUAUGUAAUGUACUGUUGACUUGCUGCAAAGAUAAUGUAUGUCGUCUCUGGGUAGAGACAUUUUUACCAAAUGAUUGUUUGCUCUAUGGAGGUGACUGCAACUAUUGGACUGAAACAAUUAAUUUAACAAAUAACUUCAAGAGAAAUGCUUCCAGUAAGGAACGAGUUCAAAAUGCUUUAGAUGUUAAUCUCAAACAUUUUCGUAAAGGUCAUAGGAGAUCACUUGCAGUUGUGGCACAUACUGGAUACCUGCCACAUCAGCAAGAUCCUCAUCGCGUUCACAGGAACGCUCCACUGCAUGCCAAUGCACUUUGCCACUUUCACAUUGCAGCCAGCAUCAACCCAGCCACGGACAUUCCACUUCUUCCUUCUAUUACAUCUCUGAGUCUAAGUGAAAGUGAAGAGAAGAGUGGACCUUUUGUGGUACACUGGCUAAAUAAUAAAGAGUUGCAUUUUACUUUGUCCAUGGAAGUCUUUUUACAGCAACUUAAAAAAAGUUUUGAACAGCCGUGUUCUGAGGCCAGCGUAGAAGACUCUAAUCAGACAGAUGUAAAAUCUGAUGAAGAAAUGGAUGAUGGUGUUGAUGAUCUGAAAAUAAGUCAUGAAAAGAAGGAAUUGGGUGGUGAUAAAUUGAUACCAUCAGCUGCCGUUGAUCAUCAGAUUGAACUGCUUCUGUCUGAAUGGAGUAAAAAUGCAGACAUGCUAUUCAGUAUUCAUCCAAUGGAUGGUUCUUUGCUGGUUUGGCAUGUGGAUUGGCUGGAUGAAUACCAGCCUGGUAUGUUUCGUCAAGUACAGGUGUCCUUUGUUUCCAGAAUUCCGGUAGCUUUCCCCACAGGUGAUGCAAAUUCUCUCUGUAAAAGCAUAGUGAUGUAUGCCUGUACCAAGAAUGUUGACUUGGCUAUUCAGCAAGGGAAACAAAAACCUUCCAGCCUGACACGUUCCACGUCAAUGCUUAUCUCUUCUGGUCACAGUAAAUCAACUAAUAGUUUAAAAUUAAGUAUUUUUACCCCUAAUGUUAUGAUGAUUUCAAAGCAUGCUGAUGGCUCCCUAAAUCAAUGGCUGGUCAGUUUUGCUGAAGAAUCUGCUUUUUCUACAGUUCUCAGUAUUUCCCACAAAUCCAGAUAUUGUGGUCAUCGCUUUCAUCUUAAUGAUUUAGCUUGUCACUCAGUAUUACCAUUAUUGCUAACAACGUCACACCAUAAUGCAUUAAGGACACCAGAUGUUGAUAACCAGAAGGAACCUUGUGAUGCUGUGAAUACUGAAGGAUGUUCUUUGGCACAACAGAAUAAAAGCACUACUGACAUGGCCUUUCAGGAUCCCAAUGCAGUUUAUAGUGAGCUUAUUCUUUGGAGAGUUGAUCCAGUCGGGCCGUUGUCUUUUUCUGGAGGCGUUUCUGAGCUUGCCCGGAUUAAUUCUCUUCAUGUUUCUGCAUUUUCCAAUGUGGCAUGGCUGCCUACUCUUAUACCCAGUUACUGUCUAGGUGCAUACUGCAACUCUCCUAGUGCAUGCUUUGUAGCAAGUGAUGGACAAUAUCUUAGAUUAUAUGAAGCGGUUAUUGAUGCCAAGAAACUUCUAUAUGAGCUUUCCAGUCCUGAAAUUUCUAAAUAUGUUGGUGAAGUGUUUAACAUCGUAAGUCAACAGUCAACAGCCCGGCCAGGAUGCAUCAUCGCAUUAGAUCCCAUUACCAAACUUCAAGGCAGAAAAACACAGCUGCUUCAUGUUUUUCAAGAAGACUUCAUUUUGAAUAACCUUGAGAAGAAAAGUCUGGGAAAAGGCAGACUAUUAUCUGAUGAAGGCAACUCAUCUAAUGGAUUUUCUGAAAAAUUCUACCUAAUUGUGAUAGAGAGUGCCCAAGACAAUCGUUCACUGUUACGCAUGUGGAAUUUACAUCUAAAGUCCAUUCCUGUCUCACUGGAUGAAAAGGCAGAUACAAAAAUAUCUGAAGCAGUUUGGCAGCCAGGAGAACACUAUUCUCCAGAGAAGAUCCUGUCCCCUUUUUCACAAAAGUAUCAGGCUUGCAGAGCAAAUCUCCAGAGUACCAGCAAGCUGACUCUGUCUUCAGAAAUGGUUUAUAGCCAAGAGUUGGAUUUGCCAGAAGGAGUUGAGAUAAUAAGUGUUAAGCCAUCAGCAGGACAUCUGAGUUCUUCUUCCAUAUAUCCCAUGUGCAGUGCUCCUUAUUUAUUGGCAACUUCAUGCUCAGAUGAGAAAGUAAGAUUCUGGAGAUGCAGAGUAACAGAUGGAGAAUCUGCCACAUCAAAGAAUAGAGAAAUGAAUCUUACGUACAUUUGGGAAGAAUGGCCAUUACUUAUUGAAGAUGGACUGCAGAGCAAUAGUAGUAUAACUGUACCUGGUAGGCCUAUAGAAGUCAGCUGUGCACACACAAAUCGUUUAGCAGUAGCGUAUAAGCAGCCUGCAUCUAGUAGUAGAUCUUCUCAGGACUUUGUGAUGCAUGUGAGUAUUUUCGAAUGUGAGUCUACAGGAGGUUCAUGUUGGGUCCUUGAACAGACAAUUCAUUUAGAUGAGUUAAAUACAGUGUUGGAUUCUGGCAUUAGUAUUGAUAGCAAUUUAGUGGCUUAUAAUAAACAAGAGGUAUAUUUAUCCAGUAAAGAGAGUAUCACAUCAAACACAAAGCAUUUAGUUCACUUAGACUGGAUGUCUAGAGAAGAUGGUUCUCAUAUUCUGACUGUAGGAAUUGGAUCAAAACUUUUUAUGUAUGGACCCCUGUCUGGCAAGGUACAAGAACAUACUGGUAAGGAAAGCCUGGCAUUCCCUCUCUGGGAGAGUACUAAAGUUGUGCCUCUUUCUAAAUUUGUACUGUUACGAAGUGUGGACUUGGUUUCUUCUGUAGAAGGCUCUCCACCUUUUCCUGUUUCUUUAUCAUGGGUCCGGGAUGGCAUCUUGGUGGUAGGAAUGGACUGUGAAAUGCAUGUGUAUUCCCAGUGGCAGCCAUCUUCUAAACAAGAACCUGUUACAACAGAUUCAUACAAUGGGAGCACUCCAUCUAUAAUAAGUUUAAUAAAACAGAGUAACUCAUCAAGUUCUGGAUUACAUCCUCCGAAGAAAACUCUGACUCGGUCCAUGACUAGUCUUGCACAGAAAAUCUGUGGAAAGAAAACUGCACUAGAUCCCUCUAUGGAUAUGGAAGAUUCAGGACUUUUUGAAGCAGCUCAUGUUCUUUCCCCAACUUUACCUCAGUACCAUCCUUUGCAGCUUUUAGAACUCAUGGAUCUUGGAAAAGUUCGGAGAGCAAAGGCCAUCUUAUCGCAUCUUGUCAAGUGCAUUGCUGGGGAAGUUGUGGCUCUGAAUGAAGUUGAAUCUAAUCAUGAGCGCCGACUCAGGUCUCUCACCAUCAGUGCUAGUGGAAGCACUACCAGAGACCCUCAGGCAUUCAACAAGAGUGAAAAUACAGAUUACACAGAAAUUGAUUCUGUCCCUCCACUUCCCUUAUAUGCCUUACUUGCUGCAGAUGAUGAUAGCUGUUACUCAUCGUUGGAGAAAUCUAGUAAUCAGGGUACCUUAAAUAACUCAAACAAGUUGUCAAAAGAAAAUUAUGAUGAGCUUUUUCAGAUCUCAGCUUUAACGACUGAUAGUCAUGUGUUAGAGACAGAUGAAGAAAAUACAAAGCCCAGAGUUAUUGACCUUUCACAGUACAGUCCAACUUACUUUGGUCCUGAGCAUGCUCAGGUUCUUUCUGGCCACUUACUUCAUUCUAGUUUACCGGGACUCAGCCGGAUGGAGCAGAUGUCUUUGAUGGCUUUAGCGGAUACAGUUGCAACUACCAGCACUGAUAUUGGAGAAAGCAGAGACAGAAGCCAAGGUGGAGAAACUCUUGAUGAAUGUGGGUUAAAAUUUCUUUUGGCUGUUCGACUUCAUACUUUUCUUACAACUUCUCUUCCAGCUUAUCGAGCUCAACUGCUUCACCAAGGCCUGUCUACUAGUCAUUUUGCCUGGGCAUUUCAUUCAGUAGCAGAAGAAGAACUGCUGAACAUGUUGCCAGCAAUGCAGAAAGAUGAUCCCACAUGGUCUGAACUUAGAGCUAUGGGAGUGGGAUGGUGGGUCCGGAAUACCCGCAUCUUACGCAAAUGCAUAGAAAAGGUAGCCAAAGCAGCCUUUUAUAAAAAGAAUGAUCCUUUAGAUGCUGCCAUUUUUUACCUUGCAAUGAAAAAGAAAGCUGUGAUUUGGGGAUUAUACAGAUCCCAAAAAGAUUCCAAGAUGACACAGUUUUUCGGACACAAUUUUGAGGAUGAAAGAUGGCGUAAAGCAGCUUUAAAGAAUGCUUUUUCUUUGUUAGGAAAACAAAGAUUUGAACACUCUGCAGCAUUUUUUCUUUUAGCUGGUUGCCUCAGAGAUGCAAUUGAGGUAUGUCUUGAGAAAUUGAAUGACAUUCAGUUGGCUCUUGUAAUAGCAAGACUCUAUGAGUCUGAAUUUGAUGCAUCUGCAACAUACAAAUCUAUUUUAUGUAAAAAAGUCUUGGGAAUUGAUUCUCCUAUCAGUGAACUCAAUUCAUUGAAUAUAAAUAUGCAUUAUGAUCCUUUUCUUCGGAGUAUGGCAUAUUGGAUUUUGGAAGAUUAUAGUAAUGCUCUGGAAACAUUAAUAAACCAACCUAUCAGAGAGGAUGAUGAUCAUGUCAUGAUGUCAGCCUGUAAUCCUGCAGUUUUUAAUUUCUACAAUUAUCUAAGAACACAUCCUCUUUUGCUGAGACGUCAUUUCGGAUCAUCUGAUGCAUUUUCCACGCACAUGAGUUUAACAGGAAAGAGUGGACUGGCAGGAACAAUUAAUUUAAGUGAAAGAAGAUUAUUUUUUACUACUGCGAGUGCUCAUUUAAAAGCUGGCUGCCCCAUGUUGGCUUUGGAAGUAUUAUCCAAGAUGCCAAAAGUCAUCAAGAAAACGAAACCCUUUUGUAGAACAUCUAGUUUUCUGGAUACUAGUAAAGUGUGUUCCCCUUCUUCGUUAAAAUUGGAUGCAAAGGAGGAUAAGUCUUCUGCUAUUGAUUGGUCACAGUCACUGCUAAAUGGUUUUGGAUCUUCUUCAGAGGGUUCCUCAGAGAAGCAGUCAAAUUCCACUCUUUCUUUUGACUGGAGCCAACCAAGUAUUGUAUUUCAAGAUGACUCUUUAGAAUUAAAAUGGGACAGUGAUAAUGAUGAAGAAAAUGAGGAUCUCCCUAUUUCAAUGAAAGAAUUAAAGCCUUUACAGAGAAAAAUAGGGAAAAAAAUAGAUGAAACAAGUUCUAAUUACUCAGAAUCUCUCAGCACACUAGAUGAAAAUGACAUUUUAGAUCCAUCAGAAGAUAUAAUUGCAGUUCAGUUAAAAUUUAGAGCAUGUUUAAAGAUUCUCACAGUAGAACUCCGUACCUUAUCUACUGGUUAUGAAAUAGAUGGUGGGAAAUUGCGAUACCAGCUGUACCACUGGCUUGAAAAAGAGGUGAUCGCUCUUCAGAGGACUUGUGACUAUUGUUCAGAUCCUGAAGAAUUACAGUCUGCAUUUGGUGAAAAUGGAGAUGAAUUUGGAUUAAAUGAAGAUGCUGAAGAUGUGCUUCACCAAACAAAAGUGAAACAACUGAGAGAAAAUUUUCAGGAAAAAAGACAGUGGCUUUUGAAAUAUCAGUCACUCUUGAGGAUGUUUCUUAGUUACUGCAUACUGCAUGGGUCCCACGGUGGGGGUCUUGCAUCUGUGAGAAUGGAAUUGAUUUUGCUUCUACAAGAAUCUCAGCAGGAAACAGCAGAACCAAUAUUUUCUAGCCCUCUGUCAGAACAAACCUCAGUACCUCUUCUCUUUGCUUGUACAGCCAGUGCCAAAACAGUAGUUGCCAAUCCGUUAUUGCACCUUAGUAAUUUAACACAUGAUAUUUUACAUGCCAUCAUAAACUUUGAUUCACCACCCCAUCCUGAUGUCCAGAGCAAUAAAGUAUAUGUAAUGCAUACUUUAGCAGCCUCACUUUCUGCUUGUAUUUAUCAGUGCCUUUGUGGUAGUCAUAACUACAGUUCAUUUCAAACAAAUCAGUUUACUGGAAUGGUGUAUCAGACAGUAUUGCUUCCCCGACGACAUUCUUUGAAAACAGGAAGCUUAGAUGAAGCCAUCACUCCCAAUACAUCACCAGCUCAGUGGCCAGGAAUAACUUCUCUAAUUCGACUUCUGAAUUCUUCCGGGGAAGAAGCCCAGUCAGGGCUUACAGUCUUACUCUGUGAGAUUCUCACAGCAGUGUAUCUUAGUCUCUUCAUCCAUGGCUUGGCAACACAUUCUAGUAACGAACUAUUUCGGAUUGUGGCCCAUCCUCUAAAUGAAAAAAUGUGGUCUGCUGUAUUUGGUGGAGGUGCACAUGUCCCCAGCAAAGAACAGACGCACUCAAAAGCUUUACCUGUUUCUUCACUAGUGGAAGAAGGAGAGAAACAGAGCAAACGUUUUAGGCCAUCAAAAAUGUCUUGCAGAGAAUCUGCCCCAGUGGCCUCUUCCUCACCACCAGUAAGCCAGGAGUCACUGACAGUCAAAGAGAAGUUCAUCCCACCUGAGCUCAGUAUCUGGGACUAUUUCAUUGCCAAGCCUUUUCUACCCCCUUCUCAAAGUAGAGCAGAAUAUGAUUCAGAGGAGAGUCUGGAAAGUGACGAUGAAGAUGAAGAUGUUUUAGCUUCAGAUUUUCAUCUCCAAGAGCACUCUAAUUCAAAUUCAUAUAGUUGGUCACUGAUGCGUUUGGCAAUGGUGCAGUUGGUACUCAGCAAUUUGAAGACUUUCUAUCCUUUUGCAGGUCAUGAUCUUUCAGAGCUUCCAGUUAGUUCACCACUUUGUCAUGCUGUUCUAAAAACUCUACAGUGUUGGGAACAAGUUCUUCUCCGGCGACUUGAAAUCCAUGGUGGUCCACCUCAAAACUAUAUUGCAAGUCAUACCUCUGAAGACAGUGUGUCUGCAGGUCCUGCAAUUCUCCGCCACAAAGCUUUGCUGGAACCUUCAAACACUCCUUUCAAAUCAAAACACCAUCUGGCACUGUCUGUGAAGAGACUCUGGCAGUACUUGGUGAAACAGGAAGAAAUUCAAGAAACCUUUAUUAGAAAUAUAUUCACAAAGAAAAGGUGUCUAAAUGAGUCAUUAGACGACAGCUGUGAAACCAUCAAAAAUUCUAUGAUGGAGGAGCCAAACAUCAAUAAGAUAGAAGCAGAUUUGGGAUAUCCUGGAGGUAAAGCAAGAAUUAUUCAUAAAGAAUCUGACAUCAUUACUGCCUUUGCUGUUAAUAAAGCAAAUAGAAACUGCAUAGCAAUUGCUUCGAGUCAUGAUGUUCAAGAACUGGAUGUUUCUGGAAUUCUGGCCACACAGAUCUAUACUUGGGUAGAUGAUGAUAUAGAAAUGGAAACCAAAGGGUCAGAAGAUUUCUUGGUUAUACAUGCUCGUGAUGAUUUAACAGCUGUGCAAGGUACAACCCCAUAUACACAUAGCAAUCCUGGUACUCCAAUUAACAUGCCAUGGCUUGGUAGCACACAGACUGGCAGAGGAGCAUCUGUGGAUUAUUCCAAUAAAUUUAAUGGGAUCAGAAAGGAAUUGGCAAGAAAGGAGAUGAUUAAGAAAGCCAUUAAUAAUGUCAGAAGAAUGACUUCUCAUCCAACUCUUCCUUACUAUCUGACAGGAGCUCAAGAUGGAAGUGUCAGAAUGUUUGAAUGGGGCCAUUCUCAACAAAUAACCUGUUUCCGAUCUGGUGGCAAUUCAAGAGUUACAAGAAUGAGAUUUAACUAUCAGGGAAAUAAGUUUGGAAUAGUUGAUGCUGAUGGAUAUUUAAGUUUGUAUCAGACAAACUGGAAAUGUUGUCCAGUUACUGGAAGUAUGCCUAAGCCGUACCUGACUUGGCAGUGUCACAACAAAACAGCCAAUGAUUUUGUCUUCGUUAGUUCCUCCUCUCUGAUAGCUACAGCUGGUCUUUCGACUGACAAUAGAAACAUAUGUUUGUGGGACACUCUUGUAGCACCUGCCAAUAGUUUAGUACAUGCUUUUACUUGCCAUGAUAGUGGAGCCACUGUUUUAGCAUAUGCUCCAAAACAUCAGGUGCUAAUAUCAGGUGGCAGAAAAGGCUUUACAUGUGUAUUUGACCUUCGGCAACGACAACAGAGGCAGCUUUUCCAGAGCCAUGAUUCUCCUGUUAAAGCCAUUGCUAUUGAUCCAACUGAAGAGUAUUUUGUUACAGGAUCUGCCGAAGGCAACAUAAAGAUUUGGAGUCUCUCUACCUUUAGUCUUCUCCACACUUUUAUUAAUGAACAUGCUCGGCAGUCCAUUUUCAGAAAUAUUGGAACUGGAGUGAUGCAAAUUGAGACAGGGCCAGCAAAUCACAUUUUUUCAUGUGGAGCUGAUGGAACAAUGAAAAUGAGAAUACUGCCGGAUCAGUUUAGCCCAUUAAAUGAAGUGUUGAAAAAUGAUGUGAAAUUUAUGCUGUAGCAUUUUGACAAUAAGAUGUGUAACUUAUUCCCUAUUCCAUGAAGUGGCCAACACAUACGAUGUACAGUGAUUACUCUCCUUGUCACAAAUAAGCUAAUGCUUUCUUGUUUUUAUAUUUAUUUUAUGGAGCUUUGCCCUUGAUGCACUGAUGCCUUAAAAAUUAACAAGGUCAUUCAGAAUUAGACUAUAUUGCCUAAAGUAGAAUGUGUAAGUAAUGCUAUAAUAAUACAUAUUUAUAGUAUGUUAUAGUGAGUAUAUCAUAGUGUUAAAGUAGUUUUGUUUUCUGUUAUUGAUAAAUUCUUCUGCAGAUAUCUCUGCAUGAGUUUGUUUCACAGUAAAAAUACCCUCUAUGUAAAGGCAGUUGCACAUUAGUCAUCACUUAAGUCACCACACUCUCACUUCCUUUUUCAAACUUAAACAUCUCAGACUCCUCUCUUAAUUAAUGAUAGAUUGAUAUUUGGGUAAGAGUCAAAAAAAUAAUGAACAUGUCCAUUAAGACUGUCAUUGGGACUUUUGUGAUAAAUGAGCCAAAUAGUUCGUUACGUAAAGUUUUCAUCAUUUCCCCUCUGGAGCCCAAAUUGUGUGUGUGUGGUUUUGUGUAUAUAUGUAAUAUAUCUUACACAUCUUAUUUGAAUUUAGUUUGCGUGUGUGUGUAUAUAUAUAUAUAUAUGUGUGUGUGUGUGUGUAAGAGAAAACUACUUGUUUUUGCGUUUGUUUUUGUGCCAUAACAACUACUGCCACCAGAAUAACAACUUUUUUCGUAACUUUUUUUUUUCCCUUUUUUUUUUAAUUUUUGAAUUCUCAUUCUAAGUUUCAAAUAAACUUCAGGAACACUUCCAAGAUUAUUAUUUUAAAGAUUACAUUGAGUCAAAUAAGUCUUAGCAGGCAACAGUGAUUCUUUGUUGGCAUAUAUGCAGCACUUAAAAGUAAGUUUAUAAAUUUGUCAAAGGAUUUUUGAGCACCAGAUAUUUUACUUAAAUGUUAUUUUAUUUCUUGUCUUUUAGGUGCUUUUAGUCUCAAAGUCCUGAAAACCUUAUAGCAGUGUUUUUAGACACAAAUGUGAAAACAGUCAAAUUAAAUAGAUAGUAUUUACAAAUGUAAAAUACCUGCUGGAUCAACCAUUAAUAGAAAAUAAACUAAACCUUAUAUUUUAUUAUUUUUGCCAAAAUAUAUUAUUUUAUUAUAAAAUAUGACCAAAAUAUUAAAAAUGCACAAUGCUUUUAACUUAAGUGUGCUAACCCUACUUCUGUCUGUUUUGUGCUCUACCUUUUCUGACUCAGAAUUAUAGAAAACUUGAUAAUACUUGAUUUUAACCAAGGAGACUGGAGGCAGAUGGGACUAAGUGUUUAAGGGACAAUUAUAUACUAUUAGCUUAAAUAUAUUUUGUUAAUAGGAACAUUAAUAGAACAUUUUUAUGUAAGAAAAUAUGGACAGCUAUUAUUUUGGAAAUUAAAGAGUCAAAUGAAGCAGAGAAAUGAAGGGCUGGUAAAAUGAGUUUUGUAAUAUCCUCAGGAUACUUUUAUCUUAAAAGUAUAUUGUUAAAAGAUUUUGUAAAUUGUAUUCAUAAUUUUAAAUGUGUUGAGCAAGUUGCAGUGAAGACAUUGUCAUUAUGUAGAAAGUUUAUGUGCACAUGAUAACCUGUACCUAUAAUUGUGCAAUAACAAUAUGUGACUAUUUUGCCAUGGAGAAAUCUGUGACAGCAUUGCAAACAGUACUAUUGUUUGAUGUAGUUAAGCUUAAGUUAUUUUUCAUUAAUUUCUUCACAAAUCAAGAUUCAAGAUUCAGAAGGCUUUGAACACUUUCAGUGAGAUAGAAAAUUUACUAUUAUGCUUAUUAGGAAAAUGGCAUUAUAGGUGAAGAAUUAAGCAUUUUAAUUGAGGGUUUAUAUGAAUAAUAAAUUAUGUAAGCCCAUAUGUAUUUACAUCCAGAGUCAUAAUAUUUUAAAUAAACAAUCAUGCUGUGACUUUUUUAGCAUUUUUAAGUAAUAUUUCUGCCACUUCAGUUGACUUGAAGUAUGUGUGACAUUUUAAAUUGGAGAAUUUCUGUAUUUGUAUUUGGUUAAUGUGGAAAGGACUGCAUAACUUUCCCAGAUACCCUGUUCUUCCUUUUCUAGAAUAUUUCUUAUUUAAUGGGUAAGCAUUAUUCAAAAAAGGUGAGAAUAAAAAUAGUUGGAAUAUAUGUUUUAAGUAUAAAAUGAUGUACAUAUAUGUAAAAUUUCAUCCACACUAAUGGAAUGAAUACAUCAAAAUACAUUUUUAAAAUGUUGUGCUUUCUGAGAAUGAGGCUUUGUAAUGAUGGAGGAAUUCACAACAUUGCAAGUCUCAUUUUCUAAAAUGGAGAAUUUUUCUUAAUGUAGAAUCAUAGGACAGUCAAUUCAAUUCUCCUUUCAUGCUCUCUUUGUCUCGCUCCAAUUCAUUUCUUUUAAAAAAAAGUUUUAAAAACCGUUGCAGAAUUUCUCAAACUGGUCUCAACAAUUGGAACCCAAUACAGAGAUACACCUACUUAAAGAAAAUCCUUAUACAACCUUAAGAGUGGUGAUGAUCUUUUUAUAACAGUGUUGGAAACCCAGAGAGACAUAUUUUACUGAACAAAAAAUUUAAAUGUCAUAUUGCAGGGGGCCAUAGUCAAAAAAACAGGAAAAGUAUUACUGUCCCUAAUACAAAGAGAUUUUAAAGUGAUAAAUAAUGGAGAAAUCAGACAAUUGCUUUUUUUUUAAAGCAACAAUGUAAUACUACUGUUCAUUAAAUUAGUAUGAAGUGAAAACAGUGAUAGCAGUUUGGCGACAAUGCAAGGAAGUAGGCACUGUGAAACAUUGCUGGCAGAACAAAAUUACAAAGUUACCUAGACAUAUUAAGAUUGAAAACAUAAUUUUCACAUAAUUUUUUGAGAGUAUCCUUUAUGGUAAAAACACCUAUGUACAAAAAUACUAAGUUUACAGAUGUUUAUUGAGACAUCUAGUAGAGCAAGAAAAAUAGAAAUCUAAAUGUUAAUUAGUAUGUAGAUGGUGGAAUAAAUUGUGGUACAUCCAUACAGUGGACUGUUCUGUCAACCCUAAAAGAAUAUUAGAUUUGUAUCCGUUGAUCUGAAAAGAGGCUGGUGAAAAAAAUUUUCGAAGUAAAAGGCGUUAUAUCCCA